UUUAUGCGCCGACCGUCCCCCACGUGUUGUUAGGGAAGGAUGAGGAUUUAAGUACAGUUAACCGAGUGGCCAUCUACAGCAGAAUAGCGCCUGGCCCAGCGACUCCAUGCAUACGGCUUUAUACCUGUGCCGCACUUAAUCGCCGCGGCCGAUUAUAUGUAUUUAUUUUCCUCUCCACUGAUGGGUGAACAAUGGAGAAGCCGUCAGCAGAAAUUUCUGGUGACCCUCCUAUUUUCCCAUGCACCAGAUCAUUGUUUAUGAUGCUGUUGUUGUGUAGGAGGGCAGGGACGGACCUGAUCUCGGCUGAUUUCUGCUAGAAAACACUCAGAACUCGACGGGCUGUGAUCGGCCUCGCAUCCUUCCAGAUCCGAGCAGCUGAUGUUGGCGGUGCUGCCGCUCUCCUCCAGGCGAACAUGGUGAAAUUCCCGGCGCUCACGCACUACUGGCCUCUCAUCCGAUUCCUGGUGCCGCUGGCCAUAACCAACAUAGCCAUCGACCUCGGCGAACAGGCUUUGAACAGGGGUAUUGCAACAGUUAAAGAGGAUGCAGUAGAAAUGCUGGCCAGCUAUGGUUUGGCCUACUCCCUCAUGAAGUUCUUCACUGGCCCUAUGAGCGAUUUCAAGAACGUAGGGCUGGUGUUUGUCAACAGUAAACGGGACAGAACCAAGGCAGUCCUCUGUAUGGUCACCGCAGGAGCCGUGGCUAUCAUUUUCCACACUCUUAUUGCAUACACAAGUCUGGGCUAUUACAUCAUUAACAAACUGCAUCAUGUGGAUGAGACUGUGGGGAGUAAGACCCGGAGGGCGUUUCUCUAUCUGGCUGCUUUUCCUUUACUUGACGCCAUGGCCUGGACUCAUGCUGGAAUCCUUCUGAAGCACAAGCACAGUUUCCUGGUGGGAUGUGCGUCUAUUUCUGAUGUUAUUGCACAGGUAUGUUCAAAGGUCAAGAGUGGUCAUGCUUCACUUACAAUGCCUCAAGGCCUACAGAAACUGAGAGAGAAAGAACCACAAUUGACGAUUCGUGCUCACCUGACUGGUUGGCUCAUGACCCUGAAGAAGACCUUUGUCCUGGCGCCCAGCUCUGUCCUCCGCAUCAUUGUCCUCAUUACCAGUCUCAUAGUCCUGCCUUACAUGGGGGUACAUGGAGCCACACUUGGUGUUGGAUCCCUGCUGGCUGGUUUCCUUGGGGAGUCUACUAUGGUUGCAAUCGCAGCAUGUUAUGUCUACCGAAAACAGAAGAAAAAGAAAGACUCUGAUGAAGACAUGACCAUCGACGGGGAGGACUCUGCCCCCAUGAACGAGGUCAGGGCCGGGGGCCGCAUGGACGACAUCGUGGAGUUGAGAGAAGAGGAUGAGGAAGACUGAGCAGUGGAUUCUAGGUUGAGCGGGAUGCGUUGUGGGAAUCAGGGCCUUCUUGCUUUCUCGGGCAGUGUUCUUAUUGCUUACUGUCCCCUGCUGCCGCCUUUCCCUCCUGCCGAAGCGAGAGCCCAGCUCACCUUUUCAGUGUGUGCACAGUUCAAAUAAACACAGACUACAGUCGUCUGCUGCAGCAUAUCUAUGUUACAGUACACACGCUGACAUACAAAUGCGUACAUGCGUCUUCCAGCUGCCGUCGGGAGAUUUUAUUUUCUGAUGCAGGACAGUGAAGAUAUUGUUCUGUACCAAAGCAAUGUUGUGCAUUAACUGCUAUUUUUUCUGUAUGCUGAUCUUUAAUGUGCUGCCGUCCUACACGUUUUGAAUCUUCAAAGGAAAGACUACACUAAAUGCAGUUACAUCAUCCGCUUGGAAUGUAUUUUCUGUCUCCUCUUCUUCUUUUUUACUUCUAAUAUUUAACAGACAGGACAGACUUGAUGCGAUUUUUGAGAUCCAGAGGCGGUGACCUGUGUUACUGCACAGUUUCAACAUGUUUUUUUCUUUCUUUUUUUGGCUUUUAUCAUUACAAGUAAUGUCAACAGAGGAUAUAAAUAUAUAUAUAUAUUACAGAUUUUUAUUGGAAUUGAGAAUUAAUUUGAUGGACAUCUUAGAAAAGAAACAGUUUCAGAGUGACAAAUGGUUGAAGUUUAUGGGUCAUCUAGAGAGGACCUAUUUUUUUUAAAUAUAAGUACCAUAUGUUGUAGGUGUAUAAAAUAUGAUCAUUUUGUAUGGGUGAUGUUGUGACCCCUGUAUAUUGUAGGAAAAGAAAGAAUUGGCUUAAGUGUUUUCAUAAUUACGUCUAUUGAAGUAUUUUUUGUUUUGUCUUAAUUUAUUUUGGGCAUUCAUUUUGUAUCUCAGGAUGUUCGUGAUGGAAAAUAUUAAAGUAAUAUAAAGUCUGAAUAAUGAUCCCUCCCUAAUGAGCAGUUUUUCAAGUUUCUCCAUGGGACAAAGAUACACACAGCUUCUAAGGAUGUUUUAAGCCGGCGUUUGUUUCAUUUUGAUUAUAGUAAAGUCUGGCUGAGCUUGUUCUGUAUUUGAGAUUUCCUGCACAAUGCAAAGUCAUGAUAGAACAUUUAUUACAGUUUCAGAAGUCUUCAGUCCUCUCAUUAAACAGUGAAAAUGUGGUUUGAAGGGGUCUGUGGUGAGGUUCUUGUGUUCUGUCUACUAUUAAAAGAAGGUA